CGACGUCUUCAGCUUCGGGAACUUCGUGAUGACCCAGUUCACAGCGCUCGUGGAGCACGGGCUGGCUGGCCCGCUUUUCGACCAGGGCCGCGUCCGCCGCCGGCCGCAAGCGAAAGCGGCCGGCCACGUGGCCCACCUGGUCCACGGCGGCGACGUCGGCGCCCACUUGGGCAAGAGGCUCGUGGCGAGCCUGGGCCGGGCCGUGCGACUCAGGUCGCUGCUGUUCCUGGAGCUCUUCGGGGGCUGUGGCCGCGUCGCGGCCAGCGCGCAGGCCAUGGGCUGCGCCGCGCUUAGCCUGGACAUCAAUGCUUCGCCCUUGGAGAAUCAUUUGACGCCAGCCUUCCUCAACAGGAUCCUGGGCUGGAUCUCCGGCGGGGUCAUCGCAGGCGUGUGGCUCGGCACGCCGUGCAGUACCUGG